AUGAAGGGACUCAGAAGUCUGGCAGCAACAACCUUGGCUCUUCUCCUGGUGUUUUCUUUCCUGGGCAACUCCAGCAGCGCUCCGCAGAGACUGCUUGAGAGGAGGAACUGGACGCCGCAAGCUAUGCUCUACCUGAAGGGGGCACAGGGGCGCCGCUUCAUCUCCAACCAGAGCCGGAGGAAGGACCUCUCCGACCGGCCACCGCUGGAAAGACGAAGCCCAAAACUCCAACUACGAACUCUCCCAGAAGCAGCAGCCCUAUUACUGGCUUCCUUGCAGAAACCACAAAAGAUGGAGAAGGAAACUUUGAUUAAACCAGCUUUCUGGAAGACAAUCUACUGAACUGAUGACAAUAUACCAGAUUCUGUUUAAUUAUAUUUCCAUUCUUGUUAAAAACAUGAACCAUGUGACCCUUUUUACUCCACUUGUAAUCUUAGGAAAAUGCACAGCUAGUUGUAUUCUUUCAGAAGCAAAAGAUGUGUAAAGUUCUUAACUGAGAACAUCAUCGCCUUCUUUCAUUGCUUUGGGUCCCAUUUAGAUCACCUUGUGUCUUACUCUGGAAUUUUGUAGAGCAUUUAUAAUGCUAAGGCUGAAAACUCUAAAGUGCUCUUUCCUUUUGUUAUACCAGUACUCAUCUUGACUUUUGUUUUUUUUUUAUUCCAUCACCUACUUUGUUUCAUUCAUCACUCAGCAGCAGUUCUCCCUCUCUGUUUCCUUGGAUGGUACCCAAGGGGCGGGAGGAUGGCAAGAUGGGAAAGAGGAGAGUGUGACUCUCUAUAGUUCAUCCAGGAGAGAGAAGUUGUUAAUAAGGGAAAUGGCAAGGGGAUGACUAGGAAGAAGAAAGAAGCCCUGAGAUAAGAACACUUGGUGUGGUUGCUGAGAGGGGGGACAAUUGGCGAGGCUGGAGCCAGUGGAAGGUUUGCUGAUGACCCACAGCUGGGAUUCCCCUUGUGCUCUUUGUAGAUCUCGCUGAAUUCACUUUAGAAACAUGGAUCUAAAAGCUACUGGGAAAUAAGAAGAUGGAAACACCCUGCUUGUACAUAUAUCAUACAAAUAGAACAAACCAGUUUUUUAGCAAUAACCCAUUUUCCAUGACUAAACAGCUUCAACAGAAUCAAAUACUCUGCUUACUCUAAUUGCCUGGAGCUCUACGCUUUAUUUGACAACAUAACAUUACGUAAAGGCACCCUGACAACAUAAAUACAUAGUGAUAUAUCUAACUUACUCCUUUUCAAAGUCAACUUAGGUUUAAUACCAUCUGAACACACACACACACCCUUACAGCAAGCGUGAUUAUUUAUCUGGAAUUACAAUAUGACCAUCAUGUUAAUUAUUUUUUAGCUAAUUAAUUCAGAGUUGUUACUGAUAAAUGUCAUAAAAGUUUUGUUAAUUGUUAUUGUCAUCAGUAUAUAGCUGUUAUUUAGUAGCCAAAGAAUAUCUUUAUGU